UCGGAAAGCAGCAGGUUAACAUCUAUGAACUGAGCCCCCGUGAAGACUUCUGCUCUCUUUCUGCUGGAUUUACUCGUUUUCUUUGCCGAGGAUAUUUAUUUCUGAUUUUUUUUUUUUAAGCCAACAUCUGGAGUAUACCAAACUGCGGAUCUAUGCGCACCCUACGUGGGAGUCAACGACGUUUGUGAAGCUGAACAGGAGGAAUGUAUCGUUUCUUUGUGAAACUAACAUUUCUGAUUCCUGCGAUCGUCAUCACACAAGGUCUAAAAUGCUCCCUACCCACUGAAUCAUGCCUGAAUGGAGGAUGGUGUGAAGCCACCUCCAAUGGAAAUGGAGAAUGCAAGUGUCCCACUGACUAUGUAGGAAACCGGUGCCAGUAUCCAAGUCCCUGCAGCCCUUCACCCUGCAGAAAUGGUGGCGAGUGCCGAGCUAUUUCCCAUGGCAACACAUUUGAUUUCAAGUGUGUGUGCCGCCUGGGUUUUACCGACCGGCUAUGCCUGACCCCCAACAACCAUGCCUGCAUGAGCUCCCCCUGUCGCAAUGGGGGCACAUGUGACCUCCUUACCCUCACUACAUACCAAUGCCGCUGCCCACCUGGCUGGUCAGGUAAAACCUGCCAGCUCGCCAACCCAUGCGCCUCCAAUCCCUGCGCAAAUGGCGGCCAGUGCUCAGCCUUUGAUUCCACCUACAUUUGCACCUGCCCGUCCGCUUUCCACGGUCAAACCUGCAAGCAGGACGUCAACGAGUGCGCCCGAAGUCCAACCCCUUGCCUAAACGGUGGCGUGUGUGUGAACGAGGUGGGCUCCUACCACUGCCGCUGCCCUCAGGAGUACACAGGCCAACACUGCGAGAACACCUACCUGCCGUGCAGCCCCUCACCAUGCCAGAACGGAGGAACCUGUGUGCAGAAGGGAGACACCACCUAUGACUGCAGCUGCCUGCCAGGCUUCACAGGUCCACAUUGUGAGCAUAACAUCGAUGACUGUCCAGGCCACAACUGUCAGAACAAUGGUGUGUGUGUGGACGGUGUAAACACCUACAACUGCCAGUGCCCACCUCAUUUCACAGGUCAAUACUGCACUGAAAAUGUGGACGAGUGUGAGUUGAUGCCCAACGCCUGCCAAAACGGAGGGACGUGCCAUGACACUCACGGCAGCUAUCAUUGUGUCUGUGUCAACGGAUGGACGGGAGACGACUGCAGCGAGAACAUCGACGACUGUGCCAGCGCCGCUUGUUACCAAGGUGCUACCUGCCAUGACCGCGUUGCCUCCUUCUUCUGCGAGUGUCCCCAUGGGCGCACAGGUCUGCUGUGCCACCUUGAUGAUGCCUGCAUCAGCAAUCCAUGCCAGAAGGGCUCCAAUUGUGACACUAACCCAGUCAAUGGCAAAGCGAUCUGCACCUGCCCCCCGGGUUACACUGGGUCAGCCUGCAACCUGGACAUUGACGAGUGCUCCCUCGGUGCCAACCCCUGUGAACAUGGUGGUCGAUGCCUUAACACCAAAGGCUCUUUUAAGUGCAAGUGUCUUCAAGGAUAUGAGGGACCUCGUUGUGAGAUGGAUGUCAAUGAAUGCAUGUCGAAUCCUUGCCAUAAUGAUGCCACAUGCCUUGACCAGAUUGGGGGGUUCCAUUGCAUCUGUAUGCCAGGCUACGAGGGUGUGUUCUGCCACAUCAACACAGACGAGUGUGCCAGCCAGCCUUGCCUUAACAAUGGAAAGUGUGUUGACAAGAUCAACUCCUUCCACUGCGAGUGCCCUAAAGGUUUCUCAGGGAAUCUAUGUCAGGUUGACAUUGAUGAGUGUGCCAGCACCCCAUGCAAGAAUGGAGCAAAAUGCACCGAUGGUCCAAACAAGUACACCUGUGAAUGUGCUGAAGGAUACUCAGGUCAGCACUGUGAGACCGACAUCAAUGAGUGCUACUCUGACCCCUGCCACUAUGGCACCUGUAAGGAUGGCUUGGCCUCCUUUACUUGCUAUUGUCGCCCUGGCUACACUGGCCGCCUGUGUGAGACCAACAUCAACGAGUGCCUAAGCCAACCCUGCAAGAACGGUGGUACUUGUCAGGACAGGGAGAACACGUAUAUUUGUGCCUGCCCAAAAGGAACUGCAGGUUUCAACUGUGAGGUUAACCUGGACGACUGUAAGAGCAAACCCUGCGAUUACGGGAGGUGCAUCGACAAAAUCAACGGCUAUGAGUGUGCAUGCGAGCCGGGCUACACAGGAGCGAUGUGUAACAUCAACAUCGAUGAUUGUGCCAUCAACCCCUGUCACAAUGGGGGUACAUGCGUCGAUGGCAUCAACAGCUUCACCUGCCUGUGCCCAGAGGGCUACAAUGACGCCACCUGUCUGUCUCAGGUGGAUGAGUGUGGAAGUAACCCCUGCAUCCACGGCCGGUGUCAGGACCUCAUCAAUGGCUACAAAUGUACCUGUGACUCUGGCUGGAGUGGCCCAAACUGUGACAUCAACAACAACGAGUGUGAGUCCAACCCGUGCAUGAAUGGGGGAACCUGCAAGGACAUGACCAGCGGAUACCAUUGCACAUGCAGAGUCGGCUUCACUGGACCUAACUGUCAAACUAACAUCAACGAGUGUGCCUCCAACCCGUGCCUCAACCAGGGCACCUGCAUCGACGAUGUGGCCGGAUACAAGUGCAACUGUUUGCUGCCCUACACUGGUGAAAAUUGUGAGACCCUGCUGGCACCCUGCAGCCCCAGACCCUGUAAAAAUGGUGGUGUAUGUAAGGAGGCAGAAGACUACCAAAGCUUCUCCUGCAUCUGCCCUGAAGGAUGGCAAGGCCAAACAUGUGAAAUCGAUAUCAACGAAUGUGUGAAGAGCCCAUGCCGCAAUGGGGCUAUUUGUCAUAAUACCAUGGGUAGCUACCAGUGCAAGUGCCAGCCAGGUUACACCGGCCAGAAGUGUGAGACAGACACUGACGACUGCAAACCAAAUCCCUGCAGUAACGGUGGUUUGUGCCGCGAUGGCAUCAACACGUUCACAUGUACGUGUCUGCCUGGUUUUCGUGGGGGCAGAUGCGAGCAGGACAUAAAUGAGUGUGAGAGUAACCCCUGCAGGAAUGGCGCCAACUGUACUGACUGUGUCAACAGCUACACCUGCACCUGCCCGCCUGGCUUCAGCGGAAUCAACUGUGAAAUCAACACCAACGACUGUACUGACAGCUCUUGCUUCAACGGGGGGACGUGCAUGGAUGGAAUCAAUGCGUUCACCUGCCUGUGUUUACCUGGAUUCACUGGCAGCUACUGCCAAUAUGAUAUCAAUGAGUGUGACUCCAAACCAUGCCUCAAUGGAGGAUCUUGUCUUGACAGUUAUGGGACGUACAAAUGCACCUGUCCUCAUGGCUACACCGGAGUCAAUUGUCAGAAUCUUGUGCGCUGGUGUGAUUCAUCCCCCUGUAAAAAUGGAGGCUCAUGCUGGCAGCAGGGAGCCUCUUACACAUGCCAGUGUCAAACUGGAUGGACUGGCCUUUAUUGUGACAUCCCCAGUGUGUCCUGUGAAGUCGCAGCAAAACGUCAGGGGGUGGAGGUGGCUCACCUGUGCAGGAACUCAGGCCAGUGUCUGGAUGCUGGAAACACUCAUUACUGCCGCUGCCAGGCCGGUUACACUGGGAGUUACUGCCAGGAACAAGUGGAUGAGUGUUCACCAAAUCCUUGCCAGAAUGGAGCUGUCUGUACUGAUUAUCUGGGAGGCUACAGUUGUGAGUGUGUCCCUGGAUACCACGGUGUGAACUGCUCCAAAGAGAUCAACGAAUGUCAGUCACAGCCAUGCCAAAAUGGGGGCACCUGCAUCGACCUCAUCAACACAUACAAGUGCUCCUGCCCCAGAGGAACACAAGGUGUCCACUGUGAGAUAAAUUUGGAUGACUGCACCCCUUCCACCGACCCACUGACCAAUGAGCCAAAGUGCUUCAACAACGGCCGUUGUGUGGACCGCAUAGGAGGGUACCAGUGUGUGUGCCCAGCAGGAUACGUAGGCGAGCGCUGUGAAGGUGAUGUUAACGAGUGUCUGUCAGACCCCUGUGACCCAAGGGGAUCAUACAACUGCAUUCAGCUCACCAACAGCUACCGCUGUGAAUGUCGCACUGGAUAUACAGGUCAGCGUUGUGACAAAGUGUUUGAUGGCUGCAAAGGAAGACCCUGCAGGAAUGGAGGAACAUGUGCUGUUGCCAGCAACACACCUCAUGGUUUUAUCUGCAAAUGUCCACCUGGCUUCACUGGCUCUUCUUGCGAGUAUGAUUCUCACUCCUGUGGGAAUCUGAAUUGCAGGAACGGAGGCACAUGUGUAUCAGGCCACCUUGGCCCACGCUGUCUGUGUCCUGCAACAUUCACUGGGCCUGAGUGCCAGACCCCCACUGACAGCCUCUGCAUCUCAAACCCCUGCUACAAUGGUGGAACUUGCCAGAUCACCCCAGAAGUUCCAUUUUUCCAGUGUAGCUGCCCCAGCAAUUUCAAUGGCCUGCUUUGCCAUAUCCUGGACUAUUCCUUUGUGGGAGGUUUUGGCCGGGACAUCACCCCACCUCCGAAAGUUGAGGUUAGCUGCGAGAUUCCUCAAUGUGACGAAUGGGCAGGGAACCAUAUCUGUGACUCCCUCUGCAACAACCAUGCCUGUGGCUGGGAUGGAGGAGACUGCUCACUUAAUUUUGACGAUCCGUGGCAAAACUGCUCUGCAGCUUUGCAGUGUUGGCGCUACUUUAACGAUGGGAAGUGUGAUGGCCAGUGCAACAGUCCUGGAUGUCUUUAUGAUGGCUUUGAUUGUCAGGGGCAGGAAGGACAAUGCAACCCGCUCUAUGACCAGUACUGUAAGGACCACUAUGCAGACGGUCACUGUGAUCAAGGCUGCAACAAUGCAGAAUGCGAAUGGGACGGCCUGGACUGUGCCAAUAAUAUGCCAGAGAAGCUGGCAGAUGGUCACUUAGUUCUGGUGGUCCAUAUUCCCCCAGAACAUCUUAAAAACCGUUCUUCAACCUUCCUCAGAGAGCUCAGCAGCGUUCUUCACACCAAUGUAGUGUUCCGCCGUGAUGCCAAAGGAGAACCAAUGAUCUUCCCAUACUAUGGCAAUGAACAGGACCUUGUUAAACACAGCGUGCUGAAACGCUCUGCAGAUGGCUGGCCUGAGUGGGCUUCCGUUCCUGUCAAUGUUUUGGGUCAAAUGAAGGAGAGUGUGUCUGCCAUUGUCACCCCUCGGAAACGCAGAGAACUAGAUCCCUUGCAAGUCAAAGGAUCUAUUGUGUACCUGGAGAUUGACAACCGUCAGUGCUACCAGCAGUCAAGUGAAUGUUUCCAGAGUGCCACUGAUGUAGCGGCGUUCCUUGGAGCGCUGGCUUCUAGUGGGAAUCUCAAUGUCCCCUAUAUUGAAGCUGUCACCAGUGUGAGACCUACCCACUCCGGUCCAGAGCUCUACCCCAUGUACGUUGUCUUCCUUGGCUUGGCUGCGUUGGGUUUUGUCUGCCUAGGUGUUCUGGUGUCCCGCAAGAGGCGUCGAGAGCACGGCCAGCUGUGGUUCCCUGAAGGAUUCAAAGUGUCAGAACCCAGCAAAAAGAAACGCAGAGAGCCGUUAGGAGAGGAUUCUGUUGGACUUAAGCCUAUGAAGAACUCUGACAUCAAUCUUAUGGAUGACAAUCAAAAUGAAUGGGAUGAUGAGGAUCCAGACUGCAGGCGCUUCAGGUUUGAGGAGCAGGCUAUGUUGGAUUUAAGUGACCGUACCGACCACAGGAAAUGGACACAGCAGCAUCUGGAUGCAGCUGAUUUGCGUAUCGCGUCCAUUGCUCCCACCCCUCCUCAGGGAGAGAUCGAGAAUGACUGCAUGGAUGUCAAUGUCAGAGGACCAGAUGGGUUCACACCGCUGAUGAUCGCUUCCUGUAGCGGGGGAGGCCUUGAGACUGGUAAUAGUGAAGAAGAAGAGGAUCCCUCUGCGGAAAUCAUCUCUGAUUUCAUAUACCAGGGUGCCAACCUUCACAAUCAGACUGACCGCACAGGUGAGACUGCCCUCCACCUAGCCGCUCGGUAUGCCCGCUCUGAUGCUGCCAAACGCCUGCUGGAGUCCAGUGCCGACGCCAACGUUCAGGACAACAUGGGCCGCACUCCACUUCACGCUGCCGUGGCUGCAGAUGCACAGGGAGUGUUCCAGAUUUUAAUCCGAAACCGCGCCACUGAUCUUGAUGCCCGAAUGCACGACGGAACGACACCGCUGAUACUGGCAGCUCGGCUGGCCGUUGACGGCAUGGUGGAAGAGCUUAUCAACUGCCAUGCUAACGCUAAUGCCACCGAUGAUUCUGGUAAAUCUGCUCUUCACUGGGCCGCAGCUGUAAACAAUGUGGAGGCUGCUGUGGUGCUGCUGAAAAAUGGAGCCAACAAAGACAUGCAAGACAACAAGGAAGAGACACCGCUCUUCCUUGCAGCUCGUGAGGGCAGCUUCGAAACAGCCAAAGUUCUUCUGGAGCACCUUGCCAAUCGUGAGAUCACUGACCAUCUUGACCAGCUGCCUAGAGAUAUCGCCCAGGAGCGCAUGCACCAUGACAUUGUCCGCCUUCUAGAUGAGUACAACAUUGUCAGGAGUCCUGGGCUUCACAGCGCUCCCCUAAGCAACUCCAGCCUCUCCCCACCGCUUUGCUCCCCCAAUGACUACCUUAGUAACCUCAAACCCUCCCUCUCUACCAAGAAGGUUCGCAAACUCAGCUCUGGCAAAGGAGGGAAGGACGGGGGUAAAGAUAAUAGAAUGAAGAAGAAGAAGUCCCUGGAUGGGAAGGGUAACUUGCUGGACACUUCAGCCGUCCUCUCUCCGGUUGAUUCCCUUGAGUCGCCACAUGGCUACCUGUCUGAUGUGGCCUCUCCUCCCAUGACAUCACCGUUUCAGCAGUCACCACCCAUGUCUUUAAAUCACCUACAAGGCAAUGGAGACUCCCAUAUGGGCCAGUUGAGCAUGGGUAAAGAUAUGGGCUGUAUGUCUUUUGACCCUCACCCGCCCCGUCUCUCCCACCUGCCUGUGUCCAGCCCAGGCAGUCAGAACACAUCUAUAGGUGGAAGCAGAGGAGGCCAGUGUGAAUGGGUCCCCAGGAUGCACCCAGGAGUAGGCCAGCAAGGUGGCUUCGCCCAAGCACCACAGAUAACCCACAACAUGAUGGGUCCUCUGCAUGGCGUCAGCACUGCCACUCUGUCUCAGAUCAUGGGGUACCAGAACCUGCAGACCAGCCAUCUCAGUCCAUCUGCACAUAUGAUGCAAAGGCAGCUCCAACACCAGAAUUCCAACUCCGCCACAGCCGGACAGUCCCUCAACCAGACCUUCCCCAACAUCGAGCUGAACGGCUCCGACAUGCAGCAGAACAACAUUCGCUCUAUGUCAAUCCACACUGUAAUGCCCCAGGAGACGCAGAUCCUCGGCACCCAAUUCCUCACCCCUCCCUCCCAGCACAGCUAUUCUGGCCCCAUGGACAACACACCCAAUCACCAGCUACAGGUGCCUGACCACCCAUUUCUAACCCCCUCUCCUGGCUCCCCUGACCAGUGGUCCAGCUCGUCCCCACAUUCCAACAUGUCUGACUGGUCUGAAGGCAUCUCCAGCCCGCCUACAAGUAUCCAUUCACAGAUGAAUCUGAUCCCAGAUCAGUUUAAAUAGAGACUUUUAAAAUGGACAGAACUCUUUAGUGGAAAAAUGAUAUGAAAAAAAAAACAUACAGAAAGAGAGUGACAAACCUUUUUCAAGACUGAACAUGCUCCUUUUUUAUUAUCAGUUUUUAUACUAACGACAAGAACAGUUUUAGUAAUUUUGUAUUUAUUUAUGUGCUUUUUCGACCUGAAAUAUAAAGAAGAUGCUUUUAUAUUUAUGCUUUUUAAAGGUAUUUUGUUCUGUUAUGUAUGGAAAGGCUAGAAACUGUUUAAAAGGAGUGUGUAUCAGAAAAAAAAAAAACUCCUUGAUGUGUACACUGGCUAUUUAUUUGUGUCUUGUGUUGCUUUAUUCACUGGAUUUAUUUGAAUCUUUUAAUGCAUCCACCUUCUUAAAUUUUAUUUUUUGGGAUAUGCAUUGAGUUAUGUUUGUACAGAUUUUUUUUCAGCUUAUAUAGAUUAUUUUAAAUUGUUCAGUAUUAAUUAUAUUUUAAUCUCCUUUGUCUUGUUCAGUGAGGUUUUGUUACUAAACUACAUUUCACUAAGUCUUACCACUGAGUCUCUGUAGAUGAUGAUCAAAUAUAUAUUUAAAGUAUCACCGUUCAUAUUGUUGCUUGCUACACUAUCCUCUCUUUGCAGAAUUAUAAAGAGAGCUGAGGUAGCUUACAUUGGAGAUUUGGGACCUGAAACUCAGAACAAAUAUCCCUUAUUGGUUGAGAGAUGUUUUUCAAAAAAGAGCGGAAAAUGAAUCUAAAUCAACCUGAGCCUAUUUUUCAUUAAUUUAUGGUCUUGACCGGUGCUGAGUAAUUGAUUUUAGAUCAAUUAUGAAACAGGAAUGUUUCGUUCAUAUUGUAUCUCUAAUCAGUGAGUAUGGUUACCAUGUUUAACUCUUUUAAGCGUUAAAUCGCAGACCUGUUGUAGAAAGCUGUUACAUUUGCCACAGUUAAAAAUAGUGCCAGUGUGAUCUUUGUUUCUCCUAAGAAAAGCAGUGUAUUUGUGAGAUUUGUUUUAUAAAAAAGAUUGUUCUUAAGGUGGAGAACAUUGUUUGUGAAUGAAAUGAAAUGGGGACCUUUGUGUGUGUGUGUGUGUGUGCGUGCGCGCGUGUGUGUGCGUUCAAUGACAUUGACUGCACUUUGUACAGGAGUGUAGUGAAAGGUGUCUAAAUGUCACGUUUUAUAAACUAAUUCUGAGAUAAGAGGUUUUUAAGAAAAGAUGUAAUUCAAAAUCAAUGGUCAUGCAAAGUAGUUUGCAAAGAAGUAUUUCCUGAUUCAAAAUGUAUUGUAAAAAUUGUCUUGAUUCAAUAAAAGAUGCUGUUAAGUUUAAGAUUAA